AUGGCUACAAAAAGGAAGCUUCUGUCUGCUGCAAACACACAACAUCACCAAACAGAGCAGUCUGAAGACGAGGACAUGAGAUCAAGCACGUCUGUCUUCUCCCGCUUCAAGGAAUCUCCAGCAUAUGUGGAAGGAGGUAAAAUGAGGGAUUACCAGAUACGAGGGUUGAACUGGCUGAUUUCCCUGUUUGAGUCCGGCACCAACGGGAUUCUGGCAGAUGAGAUGGGUUUGGGGAAAACGCUCCAAACAAUUUCUCUGCUUGGAUACGUGAAAACGUACCGACACAUCCCCGGACCACAUCUGGUGCUGGUCCCCAAAUCAACCCUGAACAACUGGAUGGAGGAGUUCAGGAGAUGGGUUCCAUCCCUCAGCACAGUCUGUGUAAUCGGGGAGAAAGACGAGAGGAGUGCACUGAUCAGAGACGUGCUGCUGCCGGGAAAAUGGGACGUGUGCAUCACGUCUUAUGAGAUGCUCAUCAUUGAAAAAUCUGCAUUCAAAAAAUUCAGCUGGCGAUACCUCAUCAUCGAUGAAGCACAUCGAAUUAAAAAUGAGAAUUCAAAGCUCUCAGAAAUUGUGCGAGAGCUGAAAACCACCAACCGUCUGCUGCUGACUGGAACUCCGCUGCAGAAUAACCUGCAUGAGCUGUGGGCUCUGCUCAACUUCCUGAUGCCCAAAGUCUUCAACUCAUCAGAGGACUUUGACACCUGGUUCAACACAAACAGCCUCGGUGACGAUCAGAAGCUGGUUGAACGUCUUCAUGUUAUGCUCCAUCCUUACCUGCUGCGUCGUAUCAAAGCCGACGUGGAGAAGAGUCUCGUCCCAAAAAAGGAGAUCCAGAUUCACGUGGGUCUGAGUAAGAUGCAGCGAGAGUGGUACACCAGGAUUCUGACGAGGAACGUCGAAAUUCUGAAUUCAGCUGGAAACAUGGACAAGAUGCAGCUGCUGAACAUCCUCAUGCAGCUGAGGAAAUGCUGUAACCACCCGUACCUGUUUGAGGGUGCUGAGCCGGGCCCCCCCUACAGCACCGACCUCCACCUGGUGGAGAACAGCGGCAAGAUGGUCGUGCUGGACAAGCUGCUGCCCAAACUCAAAGAGCAGGGUUCCCGUGUGCUUAUCUUCUGCCAGAUGACCAGGAUGCUGGACAUCCUGGAAGACUAUUGCAUGUGGAGGAACUAUAGUUACUGUCGUCUGGAUGGACAGACGCCACACGUGGAGAGACAGAGGUCCAUCAAUUCUUACAAUGAGCCCGGCAGCAGUCAUUUUAUCUUCAUGCUGAGCACCAAGGCUGGUGGGCUUGGGAUCAACCUGGUGACAGCUGACGUCGUCAUCCUGUACGACUCAGACUGGAACCCUCAAACUGACCUUCAGGCCAUGGACCGUGCUCACAGGAUCGGUCAGAAGAAACAGGUGAGGGUGUUUCGAUUCGUUACGGCCAACACGGUGGAAGAGAGGAUCAUGGAAAAAUCAGAGAUGAAACUGCGCCUGGACUCCAUCGUCAUCCAGCAAGGAAGACUUGCAAACCAGAGCUCCAACCAGCUUGGAAAACAUGAGAUGCUGUCCAUCAUCCGUCACGGUGCCUCUCAUGUUUUUGCUUCUGCAGAGAGCGAGAUCACAGAUGAUGAUAUCGAUGUGAUCCUGGAGAGGGGUGAAAGAAAGACUCUGGAGAUGAAGGAGAGGCUUUCUGCUUUGGGUGAGAGUUCUCUGAGGAACUUCAACCUGGACACAGAGACCGGCAAGGAAGCGGUAAAAACAUCAGCCAGCGUCUUGACCAACUGGAUCGUGCUUCCAAAGCGAGAGAGGAAACCACUUUUGAGCCAACAACCAGAUGUGCAAAUCUGUGAGCCCAAAGCCCCAAAGCCUCCUCGUCCUCCCAAGCAGCCAAAAAUCCAGGACUUCCAGUUCUAUCCUCCACAUCUGUCUGAGCUUCUGGAAAAGGAGCUGAACUUUUAUAAGAAGACCAUUGGCCAAAAGGUUCCUCAUCAGCCUGAUGUUCCCAGCUCAGACCAGGUCCAGAAAGAGCAACAGGCUAAGAUUGACCAGGCUGAGGCUCUCACAGAGGAAGAACAGGAGCUGAAGAGGAAACUUCUUCAACAGGGAUUUGGUGACUGGAAGAGGCGACACUUCAACCAGUUCAUCAAAGCCAUUGAGAAAUGGGGCAGAGACAAAGUUGACAACAUCGUCAAAGAGGUUGAGGGAAAAACUCCGGAGGAAGUCAUGGAAUAUUGUGCUGUCUUCUGGGAGUGCUGCACCACACUCAAGCACUUUGACAGGAUCAUGACCCGGAUCGAGAAAGCCGAGGCCAUGAUGAAGAGAAGGCUGACAAUGAAUGAAGAAGAGACCAUGAAGGCUCAGAAACGGAAAUUUGAGCCAGAUUUUAUCACAGAGCAGGAGACAGAAACUCCUGUGAAAAAGAGACGCUGCUCUGACACUGAUUCAGCUCAAAAAAGGAAGUCUGUGGACAGUUCAGAGACGUGUCGAUGUCAGAAGAGAAGGAAGACGCUCGACACCCCCACAGAGUAG